GUCCGUCCUUUGCUUUCUACAUCUCUGUCAGGUCCGUGCUUUUGAAGUCCUUGCCCUUGCAGAACCACUGCCCUUGGAUCUCCUGUUCGGCCUCGCCGCACAUGCUCUUCGCCUCCUCAGCAGAGAUGCACUCGCCGUUAAGGGUCAGGUCCUGCUGGCGGAUAAAUUCCUCUUAAACCAGGCAAAUGGCGCUCUUGUCGUUGCACUCGUCCACCUCGAGCUCCCCCUGCUCCUCCUUCUCCAUCCACAGCUUGCACCAAUCUCUACCUGCACACACACACAGAUAGACGGCCGCCCGUCGUUCUAUCGGGGAGUCUGUCGGUUCGCGCACUACCCGACUGCUGCUUGGCCUUCUUGGCGGUAUUCAUCUGAAGGAGGAUGAGGCGGUGGGCGUUGUCGAUGGCUCCCAUGGCGGCGGCCGUCGUCUGCUGGGCGGCGGCCGUCAUCUGGUGGGCGGCGGUGAUGCUGCUGGCGACGUGGUCCAGCUGCAGCUGCACGAGCGACAUCUGCUGCUAAAAAGCCGCCAUCUUCCCCCCUGCACACAAAACACACACACACAUCCAAUGGAUGGAUGGAUGGAUGGAUGGAGAGAUGGAUGGAUGGAUGGAUGGAGAGAUGGAUGGAUGGAUGGAGAGAUGGGCGGUCUGCCUACCGUGCCCAAGAGCUUGAGCUUCCGCCGACAUCUCUGCAGCCAUAGAUCAGCCACCCAGAAUCCAUAUCGCAACAACAGCAGAAAGCCGAUGUGAGGUCCAUUCGGCGUGUAGAGGUGCUGAUGAUGUAGUGUGGUGCGGCUUACGUCGGCCAUGGGCGAGGAGAGGCUGUAUGAUGGCAGCCAGGCCAACCAACACGGCAAGGCCAGAACGACCCAUCAUCAUCGCUAGGGGUCUGCGAACGGAGUGCGCACUCAGCUGCUGAAAGAUCUCUCCCUGGACGGACGCAAAAAGCGACAAAUGCAG